AUGGCUUCCGUCGUCGAAGACCGUGCCAGGAGCGAUGCACUUGUCGACCACAGCUCGCUCCCGGCCGUGCUCAAGUACAUCUUGCUCAUCAUUUUCUGCUUUGCUCAGUUCCUCGAUGCGUUCAACAAUUCCUCUCUUUUUGCGGCCAUUCCACCCAUAUCUGUCGACCUGCACAUUGUCAAUAGCACAUCUGUUUGGCUCAUCAGUGCAUAUCAACUCACGUUCGCAGCCCUUUUACUCAGUAGUGGCCGCUUAAGUGACUUAUAUGAUCCUAAAUAUGUCUUUGUCGCUGGAAUGCUACUCAUGUCAUUCUGCGCCCUCGGUGCUGGGUUCGUACGUGUUGAGGUCCCGCUUAUUGUUCUUCGUGCCCUCAUGGGAGUUGGUGCGGCACUCAAUAUACCUUCUGCAAUGGCUCUCAUUAUCCGACUCUUCCCGAAUCCUGCUGCACACUUUGUUCUAGCGAUACUCUCAUUUGUCUUACUUCCGUCCACGAGUUACUCACCUUCACCGUCACUUGUUGGACAAGCUCGCCAAUAUAGUCGUUUGAAGCGCCUUGAUCUGAUUGGUGUAUCCCUACUGACUGCUGCGCUCGUUUUAUUCAUCUUCGCCGUCACGUCUGGAUCAAUUGAUGGCUGGGGAUCAGCCAGGGUCAUAGCUCCUCUUGUUCUUUCUGUCUUCCUAGCAGUCAUUUUUUUCCUCUGGGAGCUGUAUUUACCGGAAUCGCUUGCUGCGGUGCCUCCAUCGAUGUGGAAGUAUCGGAACUUCACUAUAUUGAUCGCUGUGGGGUUGCAGCCCUUCAUGUGGUGGGCAGCUGUGCAGCUCCUGUUUUCGUGGUACUAUCAAGAAGUUUUUGAGUGGUCCACAAUAAACACUGCGGUGCAUUUCCUUCCAUUGGGACUUGUGUCGUUUCCCACCAUGGGCCUAGCGUCCGUUCUUCAGCAGAAGUUCUCGUUGAAAUGGGUGAUCUUAUGUGGAGAAAUCAUCGUCCUUGCUGGGACUGUCCUGUUCCCGUUUGCAGACUCCAAGGAGCAUUAUUGGCGGUUUGCGUUUCCAGGAUUCUGCCUUGGCACAGCGGGUAUGACAAUGGUAUUUGCAACAACUAACAUUGCGCUUUUUGCCAUCACUCCUCCUGAGGUGGCAGGCAUAGUCGGUGCCGUCUUUACCUGCGCACUUCAAUUAGGUUCUGCUGCUGGAGCAGCGAUCGUCACUUCCAUUCAGACCAGCGUUCAGGAAAGUCAUGGCGGUUCCAAUGGAUUUCAGGGGAGGUCGGCUGGUUUUUGGUUUUUGUUCGCCUUCACUGCCGUCGAGACGCUCGGUGUACUCUUUUUUAUGCGAAACACUGUUCCUCCCGUUGUGCAACAGAUGGAGAAGGAGAGACAGAUUGAGGCGGUGGGAACUGUGUCUUGA